AUGCGAGAAGCCAAAUCGAAUAUCUGUGCAGCGGCCGCCGGCGGAGAGGGGAAGAGCCGAGAAGGAGCAUGGAGGGCAUGGAGGGGACAGAGGGACUGCUGCGGUCUGUGGGGAGCUGCCCAGCCGCAUGGGGGAGCCGCCCCUGGCUACGGGUGGCCUGAAAUGUCUGGCCGUGCGGGAGUGCGCCGCUGCUCCGACUGCCCGCGGGGGAGCGCCGCCGCCCCGGCCGCGCGGGGGAGCGUCCCCGCCCCGACCGCGGGGGGUGGCUCCGCCGGCCGUUGCUCCGGCGGCUCGUGGGGGAGCGCUGCGGCCCCGUUUGCACGGGAGUGCGCUGCCGGCCCCUGCUCCGACGGCCCGCGGGGGAGCGCCGCCGCCCCGGGCGUGCGGGAGUGCGCCGCCGGCCCGUGCUUCGGCGGCCCGAGGGGAGCGCCGCCGUCCCGACCGCGCGGGGUGGCUCCGGUGGCUGCGGGAGUGCGCUGCCGACCUAUGGGGUGGCUUCUCGAACGUGCGGGAAGGAGGUGA